GACGCCAAGCCGUCGCGCGUAUUUUCCUAACGCGGUAAAUACAUAUCUACUGAUUUCACUAACUAUUCGUCUCCCUAUACAACAAUCCGGCUCUCUGUGUUUCUGUGUAUCCGUGACAAUUCGGACAAGUGUCAGUGUGAACUGGUUAGUGCCGGAAAAAACUGGUUUCGUCCGGAUUGAACCGCUUGGAGUAAGCUAGUGUUGGCGCGCGGAGCAUGGGCGAUGGCAUGGCGUGAGAUGACGCGCGUCGCGCUCGCGCUGGCGGCGCUGCUGGCGGCGGCGGCCGCGCGCGCGCCCACCAGCGACCCCGCGCUCUUUGAGGCGGCUUUUCAAGGGCGGUGCGGCGAGGGCAGUCCGUGCGAGCAGCUGUGCCGCGAGCUGCACGACGGCACGUUCGAGUGCGGCUGCGGGCCGGGCUACGUGCUGCACGUAGACGGAUACGAGUGCUUAGAAUUAAACUCAACGAAAUCAACGGAAAGCUCGUCCGACAAACAAGAAGAUGUUCUCUACCAGAAAGACGUAUCUUUCUCCGCCGAGCUAGAAAUAGCCCCGUCCAAUAGACUUAGUAGGUUUAAUAUAAGCGAAAGACAUAUCGAAAAUGAUAAGAGAAGACUAACAACACUGCCAACACUUGUAGAUGUCGUUAAGAAUAUCAGAGAACCCAAUUAUACAGUCACCGGUGAGAGAUAUAAAGAAGUAGAUGGAUUGAAAAGUCUUAUAGAAGACGGAGUGAGCAAAAUAGAUCUGAACAUAAUAGCAGAUGAUAAGGAAAAAGAUGCUCUGGAUGAAGCAAACAAGAUCAAAAUCACUACUCUCGGACCUAGUUUAGAGCAAAAAGUGCCGGGCGGUACGCUGUCACCGGCCAGGACUACAGCGGUGGAGAGCUGCCAGUGUACCACAUGUGACGAAGCCAGUUGUAUAUGCUCCACCUCGAAGUGUAAGCCCAAUACAAAAAUCGUAACGCCACGUUUCUCGGGCGCGUCGUGGCUGGCCUUGCGUGCGUUGCGCGGUGCGUACAAACGCGUGCGGCUGCGGCUACGCGUGCGGCCCGAGCGCGCGCGCGGCGUUUUACUGCUGACAGGCGAGCAUGAUGACUUGUCCGGGGACUACCUUGCGCUCCUACUGAGGAACGGCCACGUGGAGUUGAGGUUCGACUGCGGCAGUGGCGCGGGGGUGCUUCGCUCGCCGGAGCCGGUGCAGCUGGGCCGGUGGAACACCAUCUCCAUGUACCGCCACCGGUGGGACGCCUGGCUCAAGCUCAACAACGGGAAACGAGUGCGCGGCAGGUCUAAGGGUCUGUUCUCGCGCAUGACGUUCCGCGAGCCGGUGUGGGUGGGCGGCGCCGGCAACACCACGGGGCUGCAGAGCAAGCUGGGGCUGGCGGAAGGCUUGCUCGGCUGCGUCGACUUCCUGCGCAUCAACGGCGACACGUACCGCCUGGUCAAGGACUCUGUCUCUACUUCUGAUAUUGCCGAAUGCGCUCCGACCCUAGCUCCAUGGAGACCAAUCAGCGAAGUUACCAGUGAAAUCAUACCGCACAAACCCAAGCCUGUAGACAUCCACGGUAUAUAUGAUAUCAACGACAUAGUACACUUCGAAGACAAUGACAUAGUCAUGCGAGAUGGAAAAGAUCACAACAAACUAGACAACUCUUUACUUCAGUUCAAAUACAAUGAUGUCAAAGCACAAUUUAAGGACAAACUAGAAAAAUUCCGACUAAAAAACAAUGUCAUAAAUGAUUCUAAAGGACGAUUUCACGACAAACAUGACAAACAGUUUAUCGGUGAUAAAAACGAUGAUCGUAAUGAUUUAAAAGCGAGAUUUAAUGACAAAUAUGGCAAAAUAUUUAUCGGUGAUAACAGGGGUGGGGACAAAUAUGUUAAAAACUAUGCUUCUAGCAAAAGUAGUGAAAACAAUGCUCUUAAAAAUGAAAAAUAUGAUACACAAUUCAGUGGUGACAGUAAAAAUGAAGAAAGUAAAAUUGUUAAUGAUAUCGAUAAUGAACUGAAAAAUGAAGAAACGAAGAACGACUGCGAGUGUCAGCAUGGUGGUGGCUGUGUUAAUCGCGUCUGUCUCUGUCCUUUGGGCUACGCUGGAAAGAGAUGCGAGAUCACACUGGAUUUAAAGGUUCCCCGUUUCAACGGCUCGUCAUAUCUCCGGCUGCCGGGUCUCGGCAACUCAGCGCAAUCGUGGCUUGAUAUACAGAUCACUCUGAGGCCCUCUAGCGGCGACGGGCUGGUACUCUACGACGCGGAGCACCCCAGUGGAGACGGUGACUUCUUCUCGCUGCACUUGCGGGACUACUUCGUGGAGUUUGCCUUUGAUCUUGGCUCUGGGAUCGCUCUAGUGCGAUCAGCAUACCCUCUCGAGCAAAACGAAUGGCAUCGCAUCUCAGUGAGCCGGUCGGGUCGCCGCGCGUCCCUCCGCGUGCGGCGACACGACAGCGCGACGGAUACGACACGAUCGGUCACGUCACGUGGGGCGGCGAGACACCUCACACUACGGCAGCCUAUGAUGUUGGGGGGCGCCCCGCACCCCCUGCCGCCGAGGCUCGCUUUGAGAACUUCUUUUAGUGGCUGCGUUGGUAAGCUGGUGAUCAACGACGAAGAGCUGUCGGUCGUGUCGGCGGCGCUGGGCGGCGUCGACGUCGACAACUGCGACGAAACUCACAACGACACGUGCAUUGAAUCAUCAUGCAAGGAAGCAUUGGACCACAUACCAGUAUACCCUCUAAAUAUAUCAAACAAUGACAUCCAUCGCUCAAUAGUACCAAAAAAGGGGUUCAAAAUUAAAUACCACAAGGUGAAAUCAAAAAAGCACUCUCAACACAACCACAUAGAGAAAUACAAAAAGAAGAAAUAUUUAGCUAGUAAAAAGCGACUGCAAAUGCAGAACGAUAUAGAAAAGAAGAACGAUAUAAUGACAGAAGGACCCGUCUACGAUGGACAGACGUACAUGCAAGUUAAAUAUUUGGACACGAAUGAAAUUAAUUGGGGCGAUACCAACACAUAUCCGAGUUUUAGUGGUAAAGACAGCUUCAUCCAUAUUGACGAUGAGGAGACGAUUAAAAGGUUGCUGAGUUACACGUUGGACAUAAACAUCCGUUUCCGGUCGGUGUCGUCGGACGGGCUGCUGGUGUGGAGCGGCCGCGUCACUCCGCCGGGGGACUUCUUGUCCCUCGCUGUAGAAAACUCAGUGCUUGUAUUCAGAUACGACCUAGGUAGCGGUGAAGUAAUUAUCAUUGCUAAUCACACCAAAGUGGAUGAUGGACUUUGGCAUAGAGCCAGAGCAACAAGAAACCGGCAAGCAGGAGUCCUGGAAGUAGAUGGAUUGGGAUCUGUGGGGAAAAUAUCGCCUGGCAAACUAAAACAAUUGAACACAGAAAAUGGCCUUUACAUAGGUGGCCUACCAUCAAUAGAACUGAACACCAUGGGCAAAUACAAGAGUGGCUUAUUCGGCUGUGUCUCACAGAUCUCAUUAAGUGGAGAUUUUGACAUACCAUUAUCGUUAUCAAAAUUGCCUCACACUAUUACAAAUAACGUGGGUCGUUGCACACCAUAGAAAACUUUGAGUCAUUUUUUGACCUGAGAAGAUUUAUUUAAAUGAACCGAGUAGAUUCAUUUAUAUGAACCAAGUAGAUUCAUUUAAAUGAACCAUGUAGAUUCAUUUGAAUGAAACAACGUUCAAUUUACAUUUAGUCUGAAUAUAAUUUGUGUUUAGUUCGAUAAAAUUAAUUUAAAAAAUACUCGUUCUUUUUAAAUUAAAAAAUAUUAUUAGAUCGGUGAAUCAUUAUAGUAGAUCAUUUAGGUACUCAUAAUAUUGUUUUUUCUUUAAACUUGCUGAUAACAAUCUACAGGUGUUAUCUAACGCCUGUUUAUACAGAUAAAUACUAUUUGUUUUGUGUUACUCUGCAAGGAAUAAUAUUAAAUUUUUGGUUAUAGUAAAUACAGUACUUAAGUUAUACGACUUAGGUUUACGAGUAACAGUGAGUUAUUAUGAUGAUUUACCGACAAUGGCCCUACAAAUUUAAUUUAAAAAUAUGAAAUUGGUUCAUAAAACUCCGUUCUCGACAUAUCAAUAAGUAUAAAGAACAUCGGAGGCAAUAAAACACAAUAUGAGUGUAAGCGUCGUUAUUUAAAUUAAUGACAUUUAACACAAUUAAGCUUAAAUUUAGUAUGGAACACUUUAGUCAAUUUAGAAAAAAACUCUACCAAAAAGUAAACUGCAACUACAACUUCCUACUUUCACAUCUAUUUUCAAUGUCAUCUAUUUGAACGACAUUCUUUAUCUUUUAUUCUUUUUUCCAUUGUCAAUGGAACUUUUCGAAGUGCUUUACUAUCUAGUAGAUAUGAGAAAAACUAUUUGUAAUGUAAAAUUAAAUAAAUUUCUAGUCUUACAAGUGAUUUGCACGCAUCUUGAGUUACACAAUUAUUAAUUAGGUUCCAUUAAAAUAAUUACUUAGGUCACGAUUUGUUACGAUGAGAGUGUAUUUAUAAUAAAAUGCAGCAAACAAUUGUCCAUACCACUAACGCUCCUAUUUCAGACCUCCCUAAGAGUAGGUGUCUUACCUGAGAUUUGGAAACGAUCUACGAUUGUCCCUAUUCAUAAAAGCGGUGAUAAGCACAAUAUUAGGAAUUAUCGUGGGAUUUCAAAGUUGUCUGUCAUUCCAAAAUUGUUUGAAAAGAUUGUGUACGAUACAUUAUUCCCGGCAGUGAGACCAUUGCUCUCAACGUCUCAACAUGGCUUUAUAAAUAAGCGUUCAACGGAGACAAAUCUUUGUGAGAUGUUGGAUACGAUUUUGGAUGCUAUGGACAAGGGAUUUCGUGUUGAUGCCGUAUAUACUGAUUACUCGAAGGCGUUCGAUAAAAUUUCACAUAGCUUAUUAAUUGCUAAAAUGGAUGCUAUAGGCAUUCACGGUGACCUCCUGAGAUGGCUCUCGUCGUAUCUGCGCGAUAGGACCCAAGCGGUAACUGUCAAGGGUUACACUACAACUUUUGUACCAAUAACAUCCGGCGUUCCUCAGGGCUCACAUCUCGGACCUUUGCUCUUCAAUAUAUUUAUCAAUGAUGUGGUAAAAUGUAUAAAAAAUUCUCAAUUAUUACUCUAUGCUGAUGACACUAAAAUUUUCAAAAUAAUUAAAACAGAAUUAGAUUGUUAUAGUUUGCAGGAAGAUUUAGACCGCAUCACUGAUUAUUGCUUGAGUAACGGUCUACAU